GACAACCUUAACCCCUACCCAGCCCUAAUCUUAGUCAUAAGUACCACAAUGUAAUAUAAACAUAAUCCACCCCCCACAUUUACACAGCUACACGAAGCCUAUAGACGCACACAUGCCUUAUAGAGAAUGCGUAUAAAUACACAAAUAAACAAACACACACCUCAGACUCAGGAAGUCACAGGAAAACUUUAGGCAUUAGACAGCUGCUUUUAUCAGCUUCUCUGUGGUACAUGCUGGAGAUUCAAGAAAGACAGCAGCUGAAUGUUAGCGCAGACUGGCAGGAAUUGAUAGUUAUAAUAAUAAUAAUAAUAAUACAUUUUAUUUUCAUUUUAUAGUUAAGUCCAAAAGAUCAGUCGAGCUGAGUUUUACAGGUUGACAGCAUGGUCCUGAAAGCAAACACUGUCCUCUGUGUGACCUGCUAGCUGUCCUCUCCUCUGAACCCUCUUCAGUUUCUCUUGGUUGUGUCUCCUGGUGUUCGUCCACUUCGCUUCUCGUCUGUCAGGCACAAAGUACGGCCGUUUCCCAGGCUGGCUGGAGCUCUGGCUCACCAUGAGGAAGCAGCUGGGCCUCCUGUCCUUCUUCCUGGCCUCACUGCAUGCCAUCUACAGCCUCUGCUACCCAAUGAGGCGUUCUUACAGAUACAAGCUGCUCAACUGGGCCUAUCAGCAGGUGCAGCAGAACAGGGAGGAUGCGUGGGUGGCGGAUGACGUCUGGCGGAUGGAGGUCUACAUCUCCCUGGGUGUGCUGGGCCUGGCCGCCCUGUCCGCCGUGGCCGUCUCCUCCAUCCCAUCCGUCAGCAGCUCCCUCACAUGGACUGAGAUGCAGUGCAUCCAGGUAAGGAGCCAUCACACCCUAGACUUGACAAAUCAAGCCCAGAUAAGUGGCACAGGAGUGGGAUAG